AUGCGUCGCCCAUCGCUGCCGGUGGCGGUCACGACAGCCGUCGUUGCCGGCGUCCUCGGUACCAUCUACUACGUCCACGACGUGCAGGUCCGCGAGAAGAAGGAGAUGCGCGAAGGGGUCCUCCGCGACAUUCGCCGCGACCGGCUGCGCAAGCAGCAAGAGGAGGCCGCGAAAAGCAAUGCGGCGCUGUAG